AUGACCUCCACAUCUCUAAAAGAGACGGCUUCCGCAGCUGCCUCCGAGGCCCCAAGAGAAGCAAAAGCGGCCGUUGAGAGCUCCCCCGGAAGAGCUUCAUCCGUAUUUCAGUCCCCAUUCGUACGUGCGGCCUUGCCUUUCGUCAAUGGCGGUCUCGCAGGUAUGACGGCCACCACUUGCAUCCAGCCUAUCGACAUGGUCAAAGUUCGACUGCAGCUCGCAGGUGAGGGUGCCAGAACCGGCCCUCGACCUUCAGCGCUGGGUAUCACAAGAGACAUCAUUGCUUCUGGCAGAGUGCUUGACUUGUACACUGGACUAUCAGCUGGCCUCUUACGACAGGCAGUUUACACUACCGCGCGCCUCGGGUUCUUUGACACCUUCAUAGCUAUGCUGAACAGCCGUGCUGCGGCUUCUGGAACUAAAGUGACUUUUGGCGAGCGUGCUGCAGCCGGGUUGACAGCGGGUGGAAUCGCUGCGAUGGUUGGAAACCCCGCCGAUCUCGCGCUCAUCCGCAUGCAGUCCGAUGGAUUGAAGCCCAAAGAGGCCAGAGCCAACUACCGCUCCGUCAUAGAUGCCCUGGCCCGCAUUUCCAAAUCCGAAGGAAUCACCGCCCUCUGGGCUGGAGCUUUCCCGACGGUAGUCCGGGCAAUGGCGCUGAACUUCGGUCAAUUGACUUUCUUCUCCGAGAGCAAAUCCCAGCUUCAAGCCCACACAAACCUUUCUCCGCAGAACAGAACUUUUGCUGCAUCGGCAAUCGCCGGAUUUUUUGCUAGUUUCCUAUCGCUGCCAUUUGACUUUAUCAAAACUCGCCUCCAAAAGCAACAGAAAGACCCCAAGACCGGGCAACUGCCGUACAAGGGUGUCUUCGACUGCGCCAGGAAGGUUGUGCGCGAUGAAGGCUGGUUAAGAUUUUAUCGUGGCUUUGGAACUUACUACGUUCGGAUUGCGCCCCAUGCCAUGGUGACCCUGAUUGUCGUCGACUAUCUCAACCUGUUGACAUCAUAAAGUCAACUUCGAAUUUCAUGACUCUCCCUCGUCUGUGACGAUCGAUUGCCGAAUCUAUCUCCCUGCAUAUUAUCCAGUUGAAGUGGGCUCCUCCAGACAUGACAGCAAACCAAAUAACGAUGAAAACGGACUCGAUAACGCGAGAAAAAAAAAGGAGCAGGAAAAGAAAAAAUAUAUUUAAUAAAAAUAAAAAAUUUCCCUUGAAAACAGCCAAGCUGGACAAGUCCAAAGUGACGACUUCGUUUGAGUUUAAUAUGCAGCGAUAGAGAUUAUUUUCCUUUGUCUCUUAUUCGCAGGAGCAACUUAUAUCACUGUAGUGAUUUGAUGAUCUACUUGGUCUUGUGUGCGAUAAUUAAGACUUCCACUUGUUUGCUUUUCUAUCUGAUAUCACUAUACCAUGACUCGCCUUAGGGAUUAUUCUCAUUAUAACUUUUCCAAUGAAAUUGAAUUGACAAUUUAC